AGUGCAUCUAUCCUUGUGAACUAGCUGCCGUCCGCCCAACAGCUAAGUCGUCGGAGUGAAUCGUUCGGUUAACUAAACCGCCUGUACAAACAGUAUCUGACUCGCAUCUGCCGCUCCCGUCGCUGCAAACUCCACCACCCUUCUUCAGAAAAAAGCCCUCCAAUAGCCAAUCAGCUCGCUGUACCCUACCCAUCAUCACCUAUUCACUUCUCCCAAACCACAGCCGCGACGCCCUUACUCAGUCUGCUUUGCAUAUUGUCCCUGACCGGAAAAUCUCUACUCCUAGCUUCGCACUGCUCCGGUGCUUAUUUAUAUCCCUGUCGUUUCCCUGCCGUAUCCAAGGCUUUUGGCCUCGUACCCGGUUAACCAUACGCUACGUUGAGUGUCCUUGCCUCCUUGCGUCCGCCGAGCGUUACCACCCCAUGUUUUCGGCGUCCGCGUGCAUCACACACAAUUAUAGCUAAAGGAUUGUGUGAAUGAAUGUUCAGAUGACGACAAGGAAAAAAAGCAGCUGCGGUAUAUGUGAAAACCCUAACCUCCCUUCUAUUUGCACGGUAUGCGUCAAUUACAGAUUGAAUGAGUACGGCAUGACUUUGAAAUCAUUGAAGAGUAAGAGGGAUGGAUUAUAUGCAAGAUUGAGUGAAGUGCUUGUCACGAAGGGCAAGUCUGAUGAUCAACAAAGUUGGCGAGUAUUCCAAAAUGAGAAACUGGCAAGACUCAAAGAGGAGCUCAAGCAACGUAGAGAUAAACUUUUGAAAGGAAAGGCUAAAGUUGUGAAGUUGUCUAAUGAUCUAAAAGUCAAAUUUAAUUUGCUAGAAUCAGCCAUGAACAAGCUUGAAACAAGUCGUGCCGAACAACUUGAAAAGUUCUUUCCUAAUCUGAUCUGCACUCAGAAUCUUGGUCAUAUGGCUAUCACCUCUGAACUCCUUCAUAAACAAUCUGUUGUUAUUAAACAGAUAUGCAAGCUGUUUCCUCAACGCAGAGUUACUGUAGAUGCUGAAAGAAAAGAUGGAUGCAAUGGUCAAUAUGAUACUAUUUGUAAUGCACGCUUGCCAAGAGGACUUGAUCCUCAUUCUGUUCCAUCUGAGGAGCUUGCUGCUUCUCUGGGAUACAUGGUGCAAUUGUUGAAUCACAUUGUUCGUAAUGUUUGUGCACCCUCACUUCAUAACUCAGGCUUUGCUGGUUCGUGUUCUCGAGUAUGGCAGCGAGAUUCGUAUUGGGACGCACGCCCAUCUUCUAGAAGUGGUGAAUACCCUCUUUUUAUUCCUCGCCAAAAUUUUUGUUCUACUGGCGGAGAAGCCUCAUGGUCUGAAAGAAGCUCAAGUAACUUUGGUGUGACUUCUAUGGAGUCCGAAAGGAAAGGUCGUUUGGAUUCUUCUGGAAGAAGCAGUUUCAAUUACUCUUCUGCGUCGCCACACUCUCUUGAAACGCACAAGGAGUUGCAGAAAGGGAUAGCACUUGUUAAGAAAAGUGUGGCUUGCAUAACGGCAUACUGUUAUAACAUAUUAUGUCUAGAUGUUCCCACAGAGGCAUCUACGUUUGAAGCAUUUGCAAAGUUGUUGGCCACCCUUUCUUCUUCCAAGGAAGUGCGAUCCGUUUUUUCAUUAAAAAUGGCUCAUUCGAGAUCAUCUAAGCAAGUCCAACAAUUCAGCAAAUCUGUAUGGGAUGUAAAUUCACUGGUUUCCUCGAGCACUUUUAUGGAAAGUCUGCAUACAUUGCCAUUACAAAGAAACACAUAUGACCAUAAUAAUACUCCAAGCUCUACAACAACCAGUGUGCUGUACGUGACUGAAACAUCAGAGCUAGGAAAGAAUGGAAGUGUAAUGCUGGAAGGUUGGGACUUAAUUGAGCAUCCCACCUUCCCCCCUCCACCUUCACAAACUGAAGAUGUUGAGCAUUGGACUCGAGCCAUGUUUAUUGAUGCGACAAAAAAGUGAUUUUCUUCAGUGCCCCAAACCUACAACACCCCUGCCCCUGUAAAUAUAGGUUCUGGUAUGGAGUAUAUGUAUAUUUAGUGAUAGGAUAUCUCCUUCCAAUGUAUCUUCUUUUCUCUCUUUUCUUUAAUGUUACUUUGGUGUUUCUUUGGGAUUCAUGAUGUGAUAGCAUAAAU